CUAACUGGACCCAACAGAUUUUUUUUUCCACUGCGCUUUAGAAGGACACCAUGAAGCUGCAGACGGCUCUGCUGUUGAUCUGUCUGAUCAGGACCACCUGUUCUCUUCCGGUGCAGAUUGGCAUUAUUGCAAGCAAUAGCAAUGAGAUUUUACGGCUGAAUGGUCUCACACUUGCAGCUCUUGGGCAAACACAGGCUUCUUCCUUAUUGCCACAGUUUGUGCUGCAGCAGCAGCAGCCAGAGGUGCUGCUCACUCCACAGGUGGUGAACCUCAACCCUCAAGUGACUGGUCCAUUUGGCCCCCAGGGGCCUCAGCUGCUGCUCCCCACACAGGGCAACCAACUUCCACCGCUACUUUUACCAAAUGGGCAACAGGAGCAGUCUGGACCUCCACAGGACCCCAGUGCACGGAUUAAGGCCCAGCAGGCCCAGAAUCCUGCUCAGGGAUUUCCUUACUUUAUGCCACCUUACAGCUUCUCCCAGCAGAGGAACAAUGCAGUUCUGCAGCCCAACAACGGCUUUGUGUCUUCACAGGUCAUAGGCAAAACCACUGAGAGGUCACAGCUCCCUCUGCAGCAUAAAUACUGCAUCUACAUGUUUGUCAAGCUGCCCUAUUUGAAUUAUCUAUGA